GAAAAUAUGUGGCCGACCUGAAAAGCAAAACUGGAAUGACAAGUGUCAAAAUGCUGUGGCCAACAUAUCAGAGUCUGUCACUUGUAAAGUGAAUCUCAUUUGUGAAUUCUGUAUUUUUUUUUAUAUUCUGCUUUAUUAGGAAUGGUCUAUGGAAAGAGGUGCGAUAAUGGAGACAAAUAAUGGUGAGGAACGUGAAAAAAACAUUGGUCAAAGUUCCUCUAUGAGAGAAGAUUUAAUUGAUACUGCAGUAAAAUUCCUCUUGAAUCCAAAAGUAAUAUCAAGCCCCUUGUGUCACAAACAACAAUUUUUGCAAAAAAGAGGUCUAACAGAAGAUGAGAUAAAAGUUGCGUGUGAAAGAUCAGAGGCAUAUGAAAUGCAAACUGUAUCCUGCUCUGGGAUGUCACCUUCAUUACCUCCAAGAAUCAUAGGGGAAUAUGGACGAUUGCAACUUAGUUUAUUUGAUCGAAUCAGGGACAUCGUUCAUAGUGUUGCUAUGUUUAGUGUUGUGGCUCAUCUGAUCAAGAAAAUUUAUGAUUCAUAUAUAGCACCAUUUCUUUUUGGUACUAAGAAAAAAUCCAUAAGAGACAAAAUAAAGGACGUUGAGGGUUCAAUCAAGGAUUUACAAUGUAGCUUGGGAGAAGUUAAAACAGAGGUCAGCAGAAUAAAUUUUAGUUCGGAAAAUGAGCUGGUGUCACAAUUGGAAGAGAUUAAGUUUGAUAUUGCAUCAGUAAAAGAAAUAUUGUUAACCAGAAAACAAGUAACAAAUUCAAAUGUGCCUCCCUCAAUUUCUGCUUGGCAAUUGUCUAGUGUUCAUAAGGAAAGUGAAAACGGGGGCGACAAUAAGGAGCUCAAAGAGGAGCUUCUUAUAGUUGGCUCAGGUUCUGAGUCGUCAGAAGAGCAUUUUGCGGACACCAGUGAAUCAAGUCUGGAUAUAAUUAAUCGCGAGGACAUAGUUUAGGCUAUAAGCAAAAAUUCGUUUUGUAAAAUGGAUCAUAACUGAGUUGUUUGCGAAUGGGUCGAAUUGUUCAUUAUAUUUUUAUAAUCUUCUUUAAUGUUAAAUAAAAAUUGUUGAGAGUU